AUGCCUAGGGAAAGGGAUCCUCUUGUUGUUGGGCGCGUUGUCGGGGAUGUUCUGGACCCCUUUCUCAGGUCCAUCACUCUGAGGGUGACCUACAAUAAUAGAGAAGUAGCAAAUGGCUGUGAGUUCAGACCCUCUCAGCUAGUCAGCCAACCUAGGGUGGACAUUGGAGGGGAUGACUUGAGGACCUUCUAUACUUUGGUUAUGGUGGACCCUGACGCUCCAAGCCCCAGUAAUCCGAACCUAAGGGAGUACUUACAUUGGUUGGUGACUGAUAUUCCAGCAACUACUGGGGCAAACUUCGGCCAAGAGAUUGUGUGUUAUGAGAGCCCACGCCCAACAGCUGGGAUUCAUCGCUUUGUUUUUGUAUUGUUUCGCCAACUGGGUAGGCAGACAGUGUAUGCACCAGGGUGGCGUCAAAAUUUCAACACUAGGGACUUUGCUGAGCUUUAUAAUCUUGGUUUGCCUGUUGCUGCUGUUUAUUUUAACUGCCAAAGGGAGGGCGGCUCGGGUGGUCGAAGAUCAUAAUCAAUGGAUUUUGUACGCAACCUCGCAACUUACAAAGGCUAUAUUUAUCAAUUUGCUCUAUAUCAUCUAGUGAUCUCUAUGGGGUGAAGCAUAAUCCACAAUAUGUGUUAGCCUAAACCAAGCUUAAGCUUAAGCUUAAUCAUCAUGUAUGAUGUAUAGAAUAUUGUGUUAUAUGCCAAUAAGAUCGAAGAAUAUGUAACAAUGAAUGUUUCGGUCUUAAUGAAUCGUUCUUCGAGUUUUU